GCUGCUGUUCUAUUUUUAAAUCACCUGACGCUAUCCUCAGACGACAGUUCGUCAUCGUGUUGUUCGAGGAAGGAGAGUUUGUGUGUUUUGCACGAUAUCUGUCACAGUUUUGUAAAAUUCGUAGUCUUUGCAUCCAGACUGUUAAGAGCCAAAUAUCAACGACGUAAAGAUGCCACAAAAGAGAGAUUUACACCCGACUUUCGCGAAGAAACGUGUACUAGAACUGGAGUGCAGAUACUGCUUGAGCUUCCUGUGUGGCAGAGGAAUGAGGGCCAUUUUGUUGGCAGACACCAAUAUUGAACUAUACUCCACAGAUCUUCCCCCUGGAGACACAAUUGAGCUUGUAGGGAGCACAUAUACAACAGAGAACUGUGACUGCAAAAUAAAGGAUAUAGCCUGUAUCACAUGUGGCAAUACAGUUGGGUACCACGUGAUCCUGCCCUGCAGAUCCUGCCUACAGUCCUGUAAUAACGGACACUUCUGGAUGUUCCACAGCAGCUCUUCUGCUGCCACAGAACGGGUGGAUGGAACAGGUGCUCAGGUGCUGACUUGGGGAGACCUGUGUGACACUGAGGAUGAUGUAGGCAUGCAGUUCCCCUUUGAAGAGUGUGACAGAUAAGGGGGAAAUGAUACACAGUAUGCCAUAGAAGUAGGGCAAAUAUCAAGUCUUUCCACACAAUACAUGUACAUGUAAUGUUCCUCCUGUCUGCUCUUUGUAUACUUUUCUACAAUGGAAAGUAGCAAUUAGUUCAUGUUUGUGAUUUUAUUUCUCUGUGAUAGCAGGGUAUUUCAUGCAGGUCUUUUGAUGAAAAUUGAUUCAAUGGACACUUUGUUGGUUGGACAAGAAAUUUGAUGGACUUCAAGUUACAAUUUUGUUCAGUUUUGCCAUUAUUUUACAACUGAUAUUUAGAACUUUUGAACAUGGCUUCUUGCACCAAAGAAAAUAUGUAUCUUGGUGCCACCUAUUUUAGGUUUGAACUAUUGUACAAAUUAAUGUGAGGAUUUUAAAGUUACAUAGUUUGGUUUAAAGUGAAACUAAAAGCUAAUAGGAACAAAUUGAUGACAAAAUCUUUGGAUAUUUUGAGCACAAAAUAUCAGUAUUGUUCGUAGCAACUGUGUUAUACAGUUUGGUGAACUGCUGAAAGUGUCUUUGACAUUCUGUCAGAUAGCCUUUUUGAUGUUCAAUGACAAGCAACUACCAGAUAUCUUUCCUUUUCAUAUAUACAAUGUAUAUUAUUAUGGGAUUUUUAACUAUCAAGAUCAUGUAUAUGCAACUAUCUCAUAAUUUAUUGCAAAGAAUUUCCAUAUUUUGCUAAAUAUGACUUUGUAAAUAGUGUAUAAAUAAAUGUGGCAAUUGGUGCAUAUGUAAAUUCUCUAUGAAGGGAGAAGUUUUUUAUCAAGAGUUUAACUCCUAUUUUAUUUCAGUACAGAUUGAUGUUAAGUUAUCUCUUGCUACCAUAACCUACCAGAUGGUUUUAGAACUUUGAGAUCUGUAGUCAAAGAACACAUCUUUUCAUAUUUUUCUUCAUAUUUGUAGGUUUAUGAUUUUAUUUCUGUUUAUUUUGAAACUACUACCAUAGUCACUAGAUAACUUGACUGAAUAUCUCCAUUGUUCAUAAUCUAAUGGAACUUGCAAACUUCAGUGAAAGAUGUAGCAACUAUCUCAUUUCUGCACUUUUCUUUGUGUCUUUAUUGUAACAAAUACAGUUAGCUAGUGUUCGGUUGUGUCUCUUACACCCAUGGACAACAUCUGUCACCUAUUGCUAACUUCUCCAUGUAAAGAACAUCAAUAAACACAGAUAUACAUGUAAAACUUAUUCUUUCAUAGUCACAACUCUUUGUGUUUUGAUUAAAAGCUAUUUAAACAUG